AUGGCGGCGGUGCAGGAGGCUGAUGGCGGCGGCGCAGGAGGCUCAUGGCGGCGGCGCAGGAGGCUGAUGGCGGCGGUGCAGGAGGCUGAUGGCGGCGGCGCAGGAGGCUCAUGGCGGCGGUGCAGGAGGCUCAUGGCGGCGGUGCAGGAGGCUGAUGGCGGCGGCGCAGGAGGCUCAUGGCGGCGGUGCAGGAGGAUCAUGGCGGCGGCGCAGGAGGCUCAUGGCGGCGGUGCAGGAGGCUCAUGGCGGCGGCGCAGGAGGCUGAUGGCGGCGGUGCAGGAGGCUGAUGGCGGCGGCGCAGGAGGCUCAUGGCGGCGGUGCAGGAGGCUCAUGGCGGCGGUGCAGGAGGCUCAUGGCGGCAGCGCAGGAGGCUCAUGGCGGCAGCGCAGGAGGCUGAUGGCGGCGGCGCAGGAGGCUGAUGGCGGCGGUGCAGGAGGCUCAUGGCGGCGGUGCAGGAGGCUGAUGGCGGCGGCGCAGGAGGCUCAUGGCGGCAGCGCAGGAGGCUGA